AUGGAGGUCGAAGCAAACAUCCAUCACGCCUUCGGGGAACCAUCGUGGGCAAACGACGCAUACCUUGCGCUCGACAACGGCGACAACGGCGCCAACUCUCCUUCCGAUAAGUGGGCUGCCUUCAGCAACGCCCCCUCCUUCCCGCAGUCGGCCUUUACCAUCCCGCCCUCUCUGCUCACGGCUGCAUCUGUCGAGCGCUAUGGCCAGGUCACCCCGCCCGAGGAACUGUCUCCUGCUGAACCGCUACGCGACCCGCAUCGUGAGGCUUCGAUCCCACUCGAGGAGCUCCACAACGAGACGCUCUUCCCGGAUCACCAGGUGCAGGCAUUGCAGAAUUACCAGCCUCACCAACUAGCACAAGACGAGCCUGCUUCGAAGCGACGCCGCACCUCGCGGCACUCCUCAACCAAGGAUCCCGCUCCCGUGCAGACCCAGCAACCCCAACAAGACGGCCAACCACCUAAGCGCAAGCGAGGAAGGCCAAAGUCGACGCCACACAUGGCCGAGCACUACACUGCCGAUGGCUUCCCGUUCCAGGUAUCCUCGGCCCGGCAGUCGCAUCUCGAGAAGAAUCGAGUUGCCGCCCACAAGUGCAGGCAACGCAAGAAAGAGUACAUCAAUGGCCUCGAAGCGCGCGCACGGGAUUUCUCUUCCAAGAAUAAGGCUCUCAAGGAGAAUGUAGCCAUGCUCCGCGAAGAGAUAUUAGAGCUGAAGAAUGAAGUUUUGCGACACGCCGGCUGUGGUUUCUGGGCCGUCGACGAGUACCUUGCACGAUGCGCUGGCGACCUUUUGGGUGUCGACGCACCCACCUCUUUGGGAAAUGCGCAAUCAACGAGACCGAAACCCAGUCCCAUGACUAGCACUUCGUCGCUCGAUCUGGACAAUAUCCGUCGGUCAUCAAGCACGAGCUCAGUACUGAGCGCAGCUUCUUCGCCAGACAACGAUGACUACAGUGGCCUCGAUUUCCUCCAGGAUAUCGACGAGGAAGAAGAGGUCCCAUCGACAUGA